AUGGCCUCACUCACCCCAUCGUCCGUCAUCCACAUCCAUGCCUACCCGCCCCCCAUCUUCACCUCCGCCCCCGUCCCCGAAACAAGCCCCUCCUCCUCCUCCCCCCCCUCCUCCUCCACCGCCACCGUUGCCAAAGAUCCCACCCCCCCAGCAACCCCGGCACCCCCAACCACGGAACCGGAAGCCCCCACCUCCCACCUCUCGACCCCCCAACUCCUCCCGGCCCCCCGGACCCUCAUCCCCGCCUCCGCCCUCGCGGCCAAAGCCACGUCGACGAAGACGACCGGCGCCGCCGCCAAGCCGGUCGUCACGCGGGAAGGUCCCGUGGAGGUCGAACCGCCUCCUCCUUCUUCUUCUUCUUCUUCUCCUCCUUCUUCUUCUUCUUCUUCUUCUUCUUCUUCUUCUUCUUCUUCUUCUUCUUCUUCUUCUUCUUCUUCUUCUUCUUCUUCUUCUUCUUCUUCUUCUUCUUCUUCUUCUCCUUCGUCGUCGUCGAAAAAGGACGGAAAGGCGGUGGCGGAACGGCCCAGGACCAGGAAUGGGUAUUUGCCGGUUGGGACGGACGUUGCGGGUGGUGGUGGGAUGGGGAUGGGGAAGAUGGGGAAAGCGGGUGGGGAUGGGGAUGGGGGGGAGAAUUGGGUGAGGUAUCGGGUCGUGGAGAGUGGGAUCACGACGACGGUGGAGGGGUUGGAGGGGGGGGGGAGGAGGACUGUAUGGGUGCGAACGGAUAGGGAAGUUACCGUCCUGAUCGAGCCGGCCGAGGGGGACAAGGCCAAGGAAGAGAAGAAGCAGAAGAAGAAGGAGACGGUCGUGGGAGGGUCGAGUGCGAGGCGGAGGGCGAGGGUGGCGGGGUCGCGCUGA